CUUAUUGCAGAUCCCGCCUUAAGACUUUGUAGUCGGUUGACACACAAAAAUCAAACCCCUGUAGACGUCUUUCUCUUGUGAAGCCGGCAGAUCGACAAGCGAUCCAACGCGCCCCUGAAGGGCCACUCCUGACCCGUUCGACAUGAUGGGCGGAGCGUUGCACAGGAGGAGAAAUUCAACAGAGCAGAAUUACUACACUUUAUCUCCAGACAUCCUGUCUCCUGAAGAAGCCAUCAACAGACAUGUUCAGUUCUAGCUCAGACCACCACCCUUCAGGUUAUGACCUAAGUCCCAAACCUGGAGACAAGAAGUCUCAUGAAGGCCACAAACCUGAAGGAGGCCAUGCGGGCGAUGGGAAACCCCAUCAUGAUGAUGGAGACAAGAAGUCUCAUGAAGACCACAAACCUGAAGGAGGCCAUGCAGGCGAUGGGAAAGCCCAUCAUGAUGAUGACCGCAACCGUGAUGAUGGGAAAGCCCAUCAUCACGAUGGUGGUCAUGAGAGGGACCGCCGCGAAGAUGGACACCACAGGGAGGAGGAAAAGGAAAGACAGAAGAAGGACAGUGAUCGCAAGCACAGCCCUCGACGCCGACGUAGCGGCAGUCGCGAUCGCGACCACAGCCCUCGCCGUCGAGAGAGUGACGAUGAAGGAGACAGGGAAGGUGGUGACCAUAAUGGAAAACAUGGCCACAAGCAUGGACAUGGUCACGGGCGUGGCCGUGGACAUGGCCAUGGUCAUGGCCAUGGUCACGGACGAGGGGGACACUAAAAGAAAAUUGGAUGAGCAACCCCCGACCAGAAAAGAUGAAAAAAACUACAAAGGAGGAACACUUCAAAGCAUUUUCUUUUGAUGAUGUUUUUGUCAGCAGCAGCUGGUGAUGUUUUCUUUAUAGCCUAAUUUUCAUAGAAUCAAAUCAAGUCAAAUCCAUUCUGUUUUCUUGCUUAAAAAAGUUGCUGUGGUGGAGAAAAACUAAAUAAACACUGAUUGUUUGGAAAUUAUUUUAAUCCAAAAGUGUCAAUAAUGUAAUUGUUUGCUGUUUUAAUAUUUUAGGGUGUUUUCGGAAUGGAAAAAUCCAUUGGUCUGGA